AUGGUAGGGUCCUCCUCCCCGAGGGUUCAGGUGAUGGUAGGGUCCUCCUCCCGAGGGUUCAGGCUGAGCAUGUCCAUGGAUGAUGUGUAUGAAGAACGUGUCACUGCAAACAGUCUUCUGGAGCGCCUCAGUCAGGAAGAGGAAACCUGGCAGUCCAAAGGAACAGCAGAGAGGUGGAUGGAGGUCCUUCAGACGGCUGACCUUCCCAACAUCCAAGCUGCUGUAUCCUUUGUCCUCAGCAUCCCAUCUUCCACUGGAAGAAUGGUCUGA